GCAGAGAUGGCGGUGGACGGGCGGGCGCAGCAAGUUCUUGAUCUUCUCCUCAAAUUCUCCAUUGACAAGCUCGAUUCAGCAUGGAUAAAGAAUGUGAUAGACGCGGAUUUCACAGAGGUGGAGGAUUUGCCGCCGGAGUUCGAGGAUCUCCAUUGCAGCACCAAUUUCAGUGGGUUGUUCAGUGCUGUGAUCGGGUCCUGUAGGCAGUGGAUUGACACAAUGCCAGCUCUCAACGACGACAGCGACAGGAGAGCUUCGUCGUCAACCCUUAAUAGGUCUACAGAGGAGGAGAGAGGUGAGGUCGAAGCACACACCAGAUUCUGGAUCGAUUUGUCCGAAAAUGUGAAUUUAAAAGGGUUGAUGUCGCUUCUCUUUUUUUACAUUUUCCGAGGUCAAAGGUACGAUGCCAAGGAGGAGGACCGCGAGCUGGGCAUCCAGGCGGCCAGCCUCUAUUUCCUCCUCCUCUCUGUGCCAGGAAGCAAUGCCUUCCGUGUGUUCCACCCUGUCAUGUACCUCAAAGCUCUAGACAUCCUGCGUCUGACAACUAAAUUGCGUGUAGGAGCUGUGAGCCCAAAGAAAGGGCGUCAAGGUACUGUCAGAGGUAGCCAGAGGAAGUCGCAUGAGGAACUCAUGGCAGACAUGGAGGAUGACGAUGAAGCUGAAAUAACAAUGCUUACUCCUAGUGAGGCAAACAAACUCAUUCGAUCUCUGAAUAUUCUUCUUAAUGAUUUCUUGAGGCUCUCCCAGCGGUUCUCAUUGAAGCAUUCACCAGAGUCAAUGGAUGAAACCAUUAGUAUUCUUGUCGAUGUAUCUCGGUCGGAGACCCACAAUGCACAAGGAAUCUUUGUUGGCAGACAUGGCCCAGCAACUGUCACAGCAUUAGCUUAUAAUGCCUAUGUGGCACUGCAGUCCAUAUGCAACCCCAUUCAUGGUAAGGUAAAUAAAAUUGUGAUUAUGAUUAUGAAACACAUAAUGUACAAUAUUCUUAUGAUCAGUCGAGGAUCCUCAGACCUGUCAGCUCGAUCAUUAGGGGUUAUUCGAGACCAUUCCCUCAUUUUUGUCAAGUACAUAUUGACGCAGGUGAAGGAGGAAGCACAUGAAGGUGUAUAUAUCCUUAUCCAGCACUUGUGCAUUCAGGUACCAGACAAGGCCGAAUUUAGGCAAAAAACUGCUCAGUCUGUGGUGGAAAUCUUGCGCUACCUUCCCAUCCAAUUAUACACAAAGCUCAUGAAAUGGUUUUUCAAGUUCUCCCAUAAUGAAAAGGCAGGUCACAGGCUUUUCCUGCUUGAGGUUAUCUCAAAGAUGCUAGGUGAGGAGGAACGCCAAGCUGAGGGUUCAACUACUUCCCAAGUACAGAACAGCACUCAAGAGGUACAACCUCGGCUCAGAACAAUAAGAGAGGGUCAAGAGGAUGAGGAAGAGACUGAAGAUGACAGCAGCAGUAGCAGUUUUGACAAUGUCAGAGUAGAUCAUUCAGUAAAUGUCCCCCCGGAUCGAAAUAUUCUCUCCCAUAAGUUCUUAUUGAGCAUUAUAUUCUCAAGGUGCCGAGAUAGUGGAGCCACAGUCCGUUCAAAAGCAUUGGCUUUAUUGGCAGAAUGCACAUUUUCUACCAACCCAACCAUUGUACUUGCCAUGAAGCAAAUAUUUUUCCGCUCUCGGCCAACAGUCUUUACAACUCCACACAUUGACAACAACAACAUCAAUAUAGAAUCUCCACUUGAGUUAGAAGAUGAGGAUCUUGAUUUACCAAAUGCUUCUUUAGUUGUUUCCAUGCUGCAUCGUCGGGCACUGGACGACAAGGUUACUGUACGGAAGUCAGCUCUACAGGUUCUAGAAAACUUAAUGAGAAUUGACAAUGAGAUGCUUACAGAUAAAAAUCUUGAGGUCUUAGUAGAGCACUGUAGGGACCCAGCACUGAUCAUCCGUAAGCAGAUGAUCACCUCAUUGACAACACUUGUAUUGUGUUACCCAGAACACAGUGGUGUGAUGUCAAGGUGGAUAAAAGGGGUCUUACCACUUAUUCUUGAUCCAGAGAUGAAAGUUCAAGAGAGAGUAGUAGAGACCUCAGAUUGCCAGCAUUGCUCGCUCUCACAUUGGGAAUAAAUACAAUGAAGAAGUCUGGACACUGUUGGCUUUGCUUUCAAACCAUAUUACUGUGAAAAAUAUUGCCUUUGCUGUGGACUAUUUUGAAGAGCAUUGCCAAGGGGAAUCACAGGUGGGUGCCUAUACCCUACAACAAGUAUUGAAAGUACUGAGCAACAGCAUCAAACAUGUACCAAACGACCGUGCUGAGGCCUUACAGAAGCAGCUUCUGGAGCCCGUCAACAAUUUCUCAGUUGGGGUUGAGCUCAUAUCUUCCAUGAUGGAUACAGUUACUCUGCUUAGCUAUAAGCUCCAUGGUGAUGAGGCAGAAGGACAAAAAGCCAUAGAGAAGUGGGUGGCUCCACUUCUGAAGAUGUGUGAUGACCACUUGAAACAUGUCCUGUUUGAAAAGACAGACUCCAUAGACAAAGAGGGAGAAGAGUUGCUUUUCAGACACUUGUUUACCCUGGGGGAGGCUUCGAUGCUUUGUCCUCAGAAGGUCAACAAAAGGAUGUUCUUGAUGCUGCAGAGUAUCAUAUUUCACCAAUCAGGAAUACAGAGAACUGGGUCAACAAUUAUCCCCUCAUCCCAGACACAGAGUUCUCAGCCUACAGCCAUCACUUUUGUACCUACUACUAGAGUGCAGGCUCUGGCUGUGGUCACCCUGGGCAAAAUGUGCUUGCAACAUGAAGACCAAGCCAAACGCAUCAUCCCAGCUCUGGGAAAGAUGCUUGAUUCCAGUACAUGCUCAUCUCUCAAGAUUAAUAUUGUCUUCACACUAUCAGAUAUGUGUGUCAGGUAUGCAACCCUAGUAGAUCCCUUGAUGCCACAAGUCACUGCUUGUCUCCGUGACCCAGAUUUGCAAGUUAGGAGGACAACUCUGACCUUACUGAUCAACCUGCUGCAAGAGGAUUAUCUAAAGCUCAAAGGUUCUUUCUUUUAUAGGAUCUUACAGUGCCUUACAGAUGACCAAGAAGAGAUACGGAGCACAGUCAUUUUCUACAUUACAGAGAGGUUGCUGAAACGAUUUCCAAAGAUCCUUUGUCAGCACUUUAUUGAAUGUAUUUUUCAUUACAACUGUUUUGAGGAGCAUGAGAGUUACAACAAGUUUACUCAAAGUACUUCAGAGAAGGAGCUCUUCUCUCUUGCUGAGGAGCACCACAGAGAGGACCGCCACAUGAUUUAUCGGUUUAUGCUGGAUCAUAUGCCUGAUGACCAGAGAUUCACAAUUACCCAAAGACUCUGUCAAGAUGUGCUAGGGGGCAUUGUGGAUGGGCGGAUCAAGCUGACUCCUUCAAGCCUCCCGAUGCUACAGGACACGCUAACAGUACUGAGCAGUGAUGAGAUCAAGCUGGCAUCCCUUAAGUCCAGGCCUGAGGAUGCUGACCAGCCAACUGACCAAGCUGAACAGGCAGCUAUGGCAGGAAUGGCCAUCAAGAAGACCAUUAUUUCACAGGUUGUAAAGCGCAAUGUCAUUGAGAACAUCGUCCCAAUACUGAUUGCAGUAAAGCACAAGCUAGAGGAGAACCGGUCACCUUUGAUGAAACAUCUUUUACUCUACUUAAAGGAGCUCAUGAAAGAUUAUAAAAAUGAGGUAAAGGAGAUUCUGGCUGGGGAUAAGCAGCUAGCUAAGGAAAUAGAAUUUGACCUCAGACGCUUUGAUCAAGAACAAAGAGAAGAGGCUGAGGAGCAGAGGAAUCCACCUGUCGAAAACAAUAGAAUUGAGGCCGAGAAAGAGCCUAGACAAGUUGAGGGAGCUAAUGUUACUGAAACCUCAGAUGGAUCACAUGCCCUGCCAAUGCGACAAGAAGUACCACAACAGCCAGCAAGUCCAAAACCUUCAUUGAUGACACCUUUGAACAUUGCAGGCAAAACUCCCUUGGCAGCAAAGAAUGACCUUUUCAGGCUAGCCCUUUUGAAUAACAAAACAUUAGCAGCAAGACGUAAAAGUAUUGCUGCAGCACCAGAAACAGAGCCAGAAGUCAAUAGUGUGUCAAGUAUUAUAAAAGUCCGUAGAGCAAGUGUUGCAGAUUUCAGAGAGAAGAGUGAUGAGGAAAUUGUUUUCAACACCAGUAAUGCAAACAAUACACAUGUUGACCCUCGCCCCAUUGAAAGUGUACCCGCUGAAGACCAUGAUGAAACUCUAAAGGUUACUCCAAAGAAAAGCAAAGAUUCACAGAAAUCUAGGGAGGAAUUAUUACGUGCUAUUAGUACACCUCAAGCUCACCAGAGUGUUAUCAGUAAUAUUACUUUCAUGAAUGAGACUCAGGAUGUUAGUGCUAUCAGCAUAGAUUCAACCAUAAACUCACAUUCUGAAGGAAGCAAUAAUGCUGACAAGCCAAAGCUCUUACUGCAUCUUAAAAGUCCAGAGGCUUAUGCCAAAGAAUCUGAUUUUAGUCAGUUACGCAAAGGUCCAAGGCAAGAGGUCAAUACAAAAAAGGAGCAUACCAAAGGGACUGUAAAGUCUGUAAGAUGUGCCUUGUUUGAGUCUGCUACCAAUGUAUCAGAGAGUGAGGAGGAUGAUUCCAUUGUACCAAACCGUAAGCAUACUUCCUUUGUCAACACAAACAAGCCAGAGGCAAGAGGAAAAGUUAAGAGAACAAGGGACAUGGCAUCUCUUAGUCCAGAUCCAAAGAAGAGUGAGAAUGACAAGAAAGAACCUGAUAUCACAUACAAGAAACCCAGUCAAAAACGCAGUAGGGUUAAAACCAAAUAAACUCAUUUUGGUUGUUUGGGUUACUAGAUUAGAAAGCAUAUAUUGUUCAUUUCAGAAUAACUGUUUUAAUUUGUAUUUAUCCUUUCUUUCCCAUCCUUUUGUUUUUGCUUUGGAAGUCAUUAGUAAUUUUUAUAAUUGUGUCUGUUUUCCCUAAAGCUGUAUUUGAUAUACAGCAGUACUGAGAAGUAGCAUAUUAUGCAAGUAAAAGAUUAUAGUGACUUGUCCAAGUAGGAUUUCUUUUUAGAUUCUAUUCAUCAUCUAUAUUUCUUUUUUUCCUUUUCCCCAUAUUUCAAUUUUAUAUUGAUAAGGAAAAGCUGUACAAAAUUUAAACAUGCAACCACAUAAAUACACAUAAUAUAAAUAAUCAAUAAUACAAAUAUAUUUCUGAAAGCUGCUUAAUAUUUUUAGCAUACUAUAGAGGUCUGUGAUACCAAGUAUGAUAUUUUUCAUAUAUGACAGUUAACAUGUAUAUAACUAAAAUAUUUUUUGUAAUUUUGUAUAUUGAAUGUACCAGUCUGCUAACUGUAAAGUGUACAUGAGAUAAAAGAUAUUAAAUCUUUUGUGCAGCUCAGCCAGAAUGUUUUUUGGUACCCAUGGCUUCACCCUGUAUUGUUCCAUGGGCACUGUAAAAUUAGUUUUGAAUAUCUGUGUGAGCACACAUUAUGCAUGAAUAUGGCAGAUAAGAAUACAUUUAAAAAGUGUACACUUUAAACUAAAAAGGUCGUGGAUGAGAUUUUACAUGCAAAUAGCAAAGUUAGGAGUCUGGUGAAUGUAUAUUUAUUACUGAUGCUAAUAAAAGCAUUUCUAAAAUUGAA